UGGUUUACAAAGUUUUAAAGCAGCAGAAGUUGUGUUUUAGGAGUUUAAAAGGAAAAAGUGGAGGCUGAGGCGGAAAAUGGGUAAAAAACAGGACGAGGAGAAUCUGGACUCAAAGUAUGGAGACCCUGCUCAGUUUGAUCCAACCUUCAAAGGACCCAUACAUAACAGAGGCUGCACUGACAUAAUCUGCUGUAUUCUGUUUCUGGUUGUCAUCCUUGGCUACAUAGCAGUUGGAAUUUUAGCCUGGCUCUUUGGAGAUCCUAGACAUGUUCUUUAUCCAAGAAAUUCAACUGGGGCAUACUGUGGCAUUGGACCAAAUGAAAAUCGACCCCACUUGUUCUACUUUGAUGUUCUCAAAUGUGCCAUGUCUAUCAAUGCUAUGGCACAAGCUCUUAAUGGAUUCCAGUGUCCAACCACACAGGUGUGUGUAGAACGAUGUCCCUCCGAUUUCUAUGCUUUGAACCCAACAGCGUAUUUUCUAAAGCCAGAAAACGUUUUCAAUGCAAGCCUGUGUGUGCCCUCUUUGGACCUGGCAAAUACUGAGCUGAACGUUAAAGACAUUGUGGACAAGGAGCUGUGUCCUUUUUUCUACAUGCCCACGACCUCUGUGCUUGGGAGAUGUUUGCCUGAUAUCACAGCACUGGGGCGGAUCCCUUCAUACUUUUCCGAUGUUCCCGGCCUCCCCUCCUCAGUCAAUGAAACUGCCAGCAGUAUCCUAAACGGCACUGGCACAGGGGAUAUCGUAAAUGGAUUCAGUGCCAGAGAUAUUGGUGUCCGAAUCUUUGAGGAUUUUGCAUCAUCGUGGCCCUGGAUUCUUGUCGGGCUGCUAAUCGCCAUGAUGGUCAGUUUGCUGUUCCUGCUGCUGUUGAGGUUCACUGCUCCAAUCAUGGUGUGGGUGCUCAUCAUAGGAGUGCUGGUUGCUGGGGCAUACGGGAUAUGGCACUGCUACUGGGAGUAUGACAACUUCAAACACAUCACCAUCAGUGAUGUUGGUUUCACCACAAACUUCAAAACUUAUCUAGAAGUUCAAGAGACCUGGCUGGCCUUCUUGAUAAUCAUAUCGGUGGUGGAGGGCAUCCUUCUUCUGACCCUUAUCUUCCUGCGAAACAGAAUCCGCAUAGCAAUUGCCCUCAUCCAGGAGUCCAACAAAGCAAUCUGUCACAUGAUGUCCUCUCUGCUGUACCCUCUGGUCACCUUUGUUCUCUUGCUGGUGUGUGUUGCUUACUGGAGCACGACUGCUUUAUAUUUGGCCACUUCAGGUGACCCAGUGUACAAAGUGGUGGCUCUCAACUCCUCUUUAGGCGACUGUGGAAGCAUCAAUGGCACCGUCAACUGUGAUCCUGAGAACUUCAGCCCAACAGAUUACCCAGACUGCCCCUCAGUCAGCUGCAUCUUUAUCAAGUACAACGAAGAGGGUCUCUUCCAGAGAAACCUCUUCAACCUGCAGAUCUUCAAUGCGGUGGCUUUCCUCUGGUGUGCCAACUUUGUCAUUGCUCUGGGACAGUGCACAAUGGCAGGGGCCUUUGCCUCCUACUACUGGGCCUUCAACAAACCCGAUGACAUCCCCAUGUUCCCCCUGUGUGGCGGCUUUAUACGCUCACUGAGGUACCACGUUGGCUCCUUGGCAUUUGGUUCUUUGAUCCUGACCCUGGUGCAGAUUAUAAGGAUUAUCCUGGAGUACAUUGAAAAAAGAACAAGAUCAUCCCAUAAUCCAAUCAUGCGUUGCCUAAAGUGCUGCUUCUGGUGUCUGGAGAAGUGCAUCAAGUUCCUCAACAGGAACGCAUACAUCAUGAUUGCCAUCUAUGGGAAAAACUUCUGCGUCUCAGCCAAAAAUGCCUACAUGCUUCUCAUGAGAAAUAUAAUAAGAGUUGUGGUGCUCGAUAAAGUGACAGACCUGCUGUUGUUCUUUGGGAAACUGCUGGUGGUUGGAGGAGUUGGUGUUUUGUCUUUCUUUUUCUUCUCUGGACGAAUUCUGCUACCAGGCAGCACUUUCCGCUCUGAAACCCUCAACUACUACUGGAUGCCAAUCAUUACAGUGGUGUUUGGCAGCUACCUCAUAGCUCACGGCUUCUUCAGUGUCUACAACAUGUGUGUCGACACACUCUUCCUCUGCUUCUUGGAGGACUUGGAGCGUAAUGAUGGAUCUCUGGAGAAACCAUACUUUAUGUCCAAAAACCUCAUGAAGAUCCUCAACAAAUCCAACAAGGCACCAAAACAGCGUAGAGGGAAGGACUGAAGGCGUUUUUCCUUCUUCAGCUCGCGGAGUUCAUUAAACCGCACAAACACUGUUCCACACAUUCAGGGUUUCUUUGUCAUUUGCGUCUUUUAACUUUGUAGCAUUCCAUUUUCUUUUCCUUAAGACGUUUACCAAAACUUAACUACUAAUUUUGCACUUUUUAAUUAUUGCAAUUUUCAUAUACAUGUGCAUAUGUAGUAUUAAUGAUUGCACAUAUGAAAAGACUGCGCAUGGGACUGCAGCUUAUGUGAAUGUAUUUUUGUUCUCCUACUUGACAUAUUUCUUAAUCUGUUAAAAAUUUGUUGUGUUUUGUUCAUCAUUUUAAACUACAUUUGUCAAUGUUUCUGCUGUUUCCAUUUUAGACGUUGUGGCACAUCAGUUCAUCCAGUUUAACGCCGUUUGUUGCCAGUAAGAUUUGGGUUUUAUAGACAAAGAUGUGAUUGCUCAGAUGCAACAAAAGCAUUUGCAACAAUUAGAAAAACUGUUCUUACAAAAUAUAUAUUGUUAGAUGUUAUUUGUAAAAAGGUUGUUUUAUAAAUGCAAAUAUUUUUAUGGCAAUAUUGUUGAUUGCAUUGAAAAUUGUAAAAUAAACUGUAAAUGUGGCAUCAGCCUAUAGUUAAGAAUAAAUACUUUCAUUGUC